CAGACCGGAUAGUAGUACCUUUGAAAAGGACUCUUCUGCUGUACAGUGGACUGUGAAGAAGAUCAUUAAGAAAUCAAUGGAUCAGCAAACUGUAUCCAAGAGAUCCAAAUGAUCAACAUCAGCCGAGAAAACUGCUGGAAGCUGUUCAAUGACGAAUCUGAACUGCUUUGGGCGUCACCGUAGACGGACGGCACCCCAAAAUGGAGGAAGCAGAAUUGAAUUGGUGGGACUGCCGAUGCACUCCAGGGUCAACGGAUGGUCGCCGCCUCUGCACAGUUUCCAGCUGAUAGCCUGGCUGAUGUACAGCUUCAUGGCCAUCGUGGGUUUCGGGAUUUACGUUCCUCUUCUACCAGCACCAUGGAGCUUUGCAGCAUACGGCAUGAUUGGCACUGCGUUUGUUCUGCAUUUGGUCACUCACGUGGCGGCCGUAACAAUUGACCCUGCGGAUCUGAGCGUUCGUAGGAGGAAGGAUUAUUCCAGCCCCAUGCCAGUGUUUGACAACAGCAAACAUCAACAUGUGAUUGACAAUCUGCACUGCACCCUCUGUGAGGUGGAUGUGGGACCUAAAGCCAAACACUGCAGUACUUGCAACAAAUGCAUCGCAGACUUUGACCAUCACUGCAAAUGGCUGAACAAUUGUGUCGGUGGAAGGAACUACUGGUUCUUUUUCAUAACCAUCUCCUCUGCUGUUACUGGAAUGAUCCUCCUCAUUCUUGUCGUCUUGUUUGUUUUCAUUGAGCACUAUGUGAAUCCUGCUGUCCUACGCACUGCGCCGCAGUUUCAGACAGUGAAAGGGAAUGGAACGUGGCUGGUUUUCCUUCCGGCGGCACCUUUAGAGGCCAGCUCUAUUAGUCUGCUGGCGUUGGCGUUCGUUACCAUCCUGCUGGCUCUGGCUGCUCUCUUAUUGCUCUGCCACUUACUCUGCUUCCAUAUUUACUUGUUGUUUCAGGGAAUCAGCACAUAUGAGUACAUCAUUAGGAAGCGUCAGUCACCGUCACCGAACCCCAAAGAGAAAGAGCAGGUUCCUCCGGCGCUGCCAUCUAACGGAACCACCGCACUGGGUCUUGGGCUGCUGGAAUCACCUGUGAACUGUGAAGCUCCGCUGUCCAGCAAGUCUUGUACCUUCAAACUGGAAGAUAGAGGACAAACAUCUAGUCGACUGCCAGAACCCAUCUGUGCUGAGAUGGAGGAAGCCAGUGGAGAGAGACACCCGGGCUACAGCUCUGACGCACCAACACAAAUGAUUCCAGGUGAGCCUCUGAUGUCACUUCCUGUGGGCUGGAACCUCAGCGGAAUAGAGAAGCCUCAAGCUCCAGGGCGGAGCAACGAGAACGAGAAGUCUGUGGAGGGACGGCCCAUCGUACAAGACCCGCUGGGAAGCUCCAUCAUGGAUGCAGCGGCGGUGCAUCAGCAGCUGAUGAUUGACACGCAUCCUCAGUGUUUAGGCUUCAGAGAGCAGGCGCCAGAAGAUCAAACACACUGAUCGUCUCAUGCAUAUUGCACACACACAUCUGGCCUGUUCUGAUCUGACCGACUGACUUUAUGCAACUUCAGUAAAGACACACACAAGUCUAAAAAAAUAAAGUCGUGUUGAUAUUACGAGCGCUAAUGAGAAAGAUCAAGUCUCUGGAUUUACCAAUAUUAUAUAUUAAUGCAUAUUUGAAAGAUAUUCUAUUUUGUUUGAGCCACGUAGUAGCAAGA